GUAUAGGUAGUUUGCUGCUCUGUACUCAAGCUGUAGGCAAUGCGAACCGCAUCAAUCGCGUCGUUACCCUAUAAGCAAGUCCUUAACGCACAUGUUGCAGUGCAACGUGUUCGUCGUAACAAGUCUCGGGCUUGCACCCCAGUGUGUCAGGCCCGCAAACGACCUGGAGACGGAACGGCUGGUGAUGACCGUCCAGAGAACAUGGAAAUGGUUCGUGAGAUAAUCACGUUCGUUACUUCUGAUGGCAUUGUACGGGUUCCUGGAAACCGAGUUCUGCGGCCUGCUCAUCAGCAUAAGCGGCUGGUCCAACCCAUGCCCACCUGGGAUCAGCAGCAACUGUGCAUCGGCUCAUCCUUUACCGUGGCCGCAACCAAUGGCGCUGACGUCACGCGUCGCGUCAACAUCGAGGGAUUCUGCCAGUCUGCAGACUACUUGUUUGCAGCGGUGCAAGACGCGCUGGAGAGCGAGCUGGGCGGGGAGGUGCUGCAUGAGGAGAGACAGCUCAAGAGCGGUCUGCACGAGGUGCUGAAGCUCACGGUGGCGGUGCCGCUGCUGUUCGGAGUGCCGCCGCAGCUGGAGGGACUCAAUGAGGCCAUCCGCACUGGAGGCGGCAUCGUGGACCGUGUACGGCAUGUAUGGCUCAUCCAGGCUGGCGGGGGCCUGUGACAUGUCGCUGCUGCUCGGGAUUGCGAGGGGCUUCUUGACAUCCUUGGCAUGCGCGUGUGUGUGUGUGUGUGUGUGUGUGUGUGUGUGUGUGUGUGUGUGUGUGUGCGUAUUGAGUCGCGGAUGCGUGAAUUAGCUAGAAGCAUACCGCUGUAUGUUGGAUGCUGUGAGGUUAACCUGUGAGUCCUAAGGAGUGGGGUACUUCGUGAUAAGUAAUUUGUAAUUUAAUGCCGUCCACGGUCUGUUGUGGGAAGAGGGUGACCUCGAGGGCACUUCUGUGCGUGGAUGCCGGUGAAUGCGUAGAUCUUUACCUCAUUUUAUUUAUUCUGUUACUCGGUUUGGAAGGUAUUAAAGGGCAUAUAGCCGACGAAGCCCGCACUGUGCUUUAUGGCGUCCCGCAUGGGGUCAAGACUCAAGAGUUGCAAUGAAGGUUGUUGUUGGACGCCUCGAAACCACGUCGUUGCUUUUCAGAAUGUAGUUUAUUUCGGCCUUGUAUACUAUAUGCUGGUUCCGUGUGUUGUAGAUUACUUGAGGUGUUCCUGUCGUUGGUCCGUGGUUAGCUAGGAGUUGAGCUUUCUCAACCACCAGGCUCAUAAAGAAUAGCAUAGGAUAUACGAAUGCGAAUGCCUGUUGUAAAGUGCUUGUCAUUGUAGACAUAUUUGUAACAGUUCCUGGCCUUAGGGCGCGCACGCAAAGGCUUUUGCUUCCCAUGAGCGGCCGCAUUUGUUGUCUAUGGCGACUUUGACUUCUAGUUUGAACGCAACAUGCAUUAGUCGGUUGCAUCGAGGAGUGUUAUAUUGCGCACGGCGAUUAACAUGGCGAGCACCUAAGCUUGUUGUACGCUCGUCAAGGGAGCAGCCCUACGCAGAUGGGCCGGGGCUACCUCCUCAACAGCAGCUGCUGGGGGAAAGCAGAGUACAGAGCGUAUGGGGUGCCAAGCUCUCAGCGGCUGCACUCUUCCUGGUGCAGCUG